AUGGCCACGCAGGUGUCCCCGUGGCACCACUACCUGCGCGCCAUCCGCUCGCGGGAGGCGGCCCGGGCGCAGGACUGCCAGCGCGCAGAGAACACGCUGCUGACCGUGCUGGAGCAGGUGCAGGCGCGCGACCCCCGCUUCCUGGUGGACUACGGCUGCGGCCUGCGGGCCUUCCAGUUCGCCCUGCGCUCCUCGGAGGACCCUCUGGAGGUGGAGGUGCCCCUGCGGGUGGACGCCGCAGCGCUGCGGGUCGAGGAGCUGGGGGCCGAGGCGGGGGGUGGCCCGGAGCGCUGCCGCCUGGCCGUGCCCCGGGACGCGCCGGGCCUGGAGCCGUGGACCUCGGAGGACGUAGCCAGCGCCCCGGAGGGCGGCACCGGGGACUGCAGCCACAUCGUGCCUGGCAAGGUCCUGCACACCCUCAGGGCCCUGGUGGUGGCCGCGCUCGUGCACUGCAGGCACCACGGCCUCAUCCCGCCAGGCUCCCUGAGCGUGGCCAGUCUGCCAGAGGAUGCGCUGCGCCUGACCCUGCUGGUGUGCGGCGGCUGGAGGACGCUCCGCUUCGGCGUGGUGCCCGUGGUGCGGGUGAGGCGCAGGGUGCCCGCGCUGGAGGAGGCCCAGCGGGCACGCGGAUUCCCCGAGGGCAGCCUGCGCAGGGCGGCCCAGCAGGAGGUGGCCCUGGUGCCGGCCAGCGCCCAGCACUGGAGGCUCUCCACGGACGCCUUGCUCACCAGGCUCAUGGGCGCACUGGGCUCCCUCCCCGGCCACCGCCUGGACGGGCUGGCCAUUCUGGACCGAGUCAACCACGAGAGCUGGCGCCGUGGCGGCCAGGACCCUGGCCUGACCUCCAGCCACCUGCAGACGGUGCUGCUGUGGGCCGCGGCGCUGUUCCCGGCGCCCGAGGACUGGGAGCUGCAGGGCGCGGUGUACCGGCUGCUGGUGGUGCUGCUGUGCUGCCUGGCCACGCGGAACCUGCCGCACUUCCUGCGGCCCGAGCACAACCUGCUGCGGGGCGCUGGCCUGGACCUGCACGCCCUGUACCGGCGCGUGGAGCUGUUCGCCAGCCAGCCCGAGGCGGCCCUGCGCCUGCACGCCACCCACCUGGGCCGCAGCCCGCCGCCGCGCGUCGACAGCGGGGCCAAGGCGCUGCUGCAGCUGCCCGCCAGCGACCCCGCCUACUGGGCCACCGCCUACUUCGACGUGCUGCUGGACAAGUUCCAGGUCUUCCACAUCCAGGACAAGGACCGGGUCUCGGCCAUGCAGAACAUCUUCCGCAAGACCAGGGCUCUCGGCGGCGGGGAGAGCUGA